AUGGCGCAAAAAUGGGGAGACAUCCAGAGACUCAUUGUCAUGUUGAACACUUGUGUUCUGAAAGUGAAUAUCAAAUGUGAAGCAUGCAGGACAAAGAUCUAUGAUGUCUUGCAGAAUAUCUAUGGUUUCUAUAAAAUUGACACAGAUGCAGAGAAAGGAACAGUGAAAGUUGCAGAGCUAAAAAGUCUUACGUUUGAUGGUGAGGUCAGGGACAACUACGACUAUUUUGGACAAGGUGGAUAUGGAUAUGGAUAUGGACAUGGACAUGGACAUGGAUAUAACCCUUAUGCAGUGCCACCUUAUUAUCCCUGUCCACCGUUUGGAGGGUUUGAUCAUUAUGAUCCAAGUCGUCUCAUAAUGGUGCCAUUGUCGCUGCCAUUACCGCUACCAUCACCUCGUCGGUUCCACAGCAAUCUCAGCCACUACAAUUACAAUCACAAUCACAAUCAGUGCCACCACAACCACCAGCACUUCCAUUAGUUUUGCUUUAGGGGCAAUGUGUUUGAUAAAAUGCCUUAAUGUGGCCAAUUUUCCUACGGAGGAACGAUAGCAGUUGUAUUUAACCUGCACGAGGACACAGAGCUUCUUCAUCUUACCACUAUGCAUUGGCAGAGUUCAUAUAAGGGAUAUGAAUUACAAAAUGGAUGGAUUUAGAUGCCUGACAAAUUUUAUGGAUGUCUCCCUGAGGUUUUAGGUGAAACUCUCCUGACAAA